UUAUUCCCUCUCUUUCUUUUUUUCACUUAAUAAUAUGAAACGGAAAAUGUGUAGCAUCAUUCCAGACUCAGUAGUCCAUAGAGAUCAACGGAUGGGUGAUUGUCAAGUCACGUGAUUAAAUACCACUCGCAGGCAUAACUCAUAGCAUCAUUCGCAACAAUCUAAAUUGUGCUGUGUAAUUUCACGAAUAGCAAGAAAUAAAGCUUUAACAUCGAAGUCGAUCGUUACGCACCUGCUAUUACACCAAUGGCGGGAAUAUUUGAAAUAUUGGCCGGAGUAGUUGUCAUUGUUUUUCUUUUUUAUUAUUAUCUAACCUCGACAUUUAACUUCUGGAAAAAUCGUGGAGUUAAAGGGCCGAAACCAAUCGCUCUAUUUGGAAAUAUCAAAGAUUUAAUACUUCAACGAAAAACUCUGCCAGAAUUUUUAAUUGAACUAUGCAGUAAAUAUAAGAACGAGCCGUACAUAGGUGUUUUCUUCAGAACUACACCGAUACUCAUCUUAACUGAUCCACAAUUGUUAAAAGAUAUCAUGAUCAAGGACUUUUCCAGUUUCCCUCAACGUGGUACUGCUGUUACAGAAAAGGUAGAACCACUUUCCCAACAUCUUGUAUUUCUCGAUGCAGCAAAAUGGAGACCAUUAAGGAACAAACUUUCACCUGCAUUUACUUCUGGAAAAUUAAAAGAAAUGUUCCCUCUGAUAAUAGAAUGUUCACAACAUUUGGAACAAUAUUUGAACAAGAUGCUUGAGAAGGAUUUCCUUGAAAUUCGUGAAUUGACGGCUAAAUUUACUACCGACGUGAUCGGUAAUUGUGCGUUCGGUAUCGAAAUGAACGCACUUACGGACGAGGAUAGCGAAUUUCGUCGAAUGGGUAGAGAAAUAUUCAAGAUAAAUUUAGGAAACAUUUUAAAGUUCCGUCUACGAGAAAGUUUUCCGAAAUUAUACAACGAGCUUGGAUUUUUGUUCCACAAUACUCAUCAAACUUCUUUCUUCGUUAAUAUUGUCAAAGAAACGAUGGAACACAGAAUUAAAAAUAACAUCGUUAGGCACGAUUUCAUAAACAUACUGAAGGAAUUGAAAGAAAAUCCAAAAAAGCUUGGAGAUGAUAUCGAAUUAACGGAUACGUUAUGUGCCGCUCAAGCGUUCGUAUUUUUUGCUGCCGGUUUUGAAACAUCUUCCACGACAAUGACUAAUACACUUUACGAGCUAGCACAAAAUCAUGAAAUACAAAACAGACUUCGUAAAGAAAUUCAAGAAGAAUUUGAGAAAAAUAAUGGAACCCUGAAGUACGAAUCAAUCAAAACGAUGGGCUACUUAAAUGCAGUGUUUCAAGAAACGUUAAGGAAAUAUCCACCAGGAAUGAUAUUGUUCAGAGAAUGUCUGGCACCAUCUUACACGUUCGAAGGAACUACACUUACUAUACCCAAAAGUCAGAAAAUUUUAAUACCGAUUGUCGCCAUCCACCACAAUCCAGAAAUUUAUCCGAAUCCAGAUGUUUUCGAUCCGGAACGAUUUUUGAUGGAAGAUAAUUUAAUCAACGAAACAACGUAUUUACCUUUUGGUAGAGGACCACGGAACUGUAUUGGAGAGAGAUUUGCUGUUGUUCAAACAAAAAUGGGAUUGAUAACGAUUGUACGUAAUUACAAGAUCGAUGUCUGUGAAAAAACCGAAAUUCCAUAUGUGGUCAGUCCGUCAGCAUUUUUGUUACAACCUAAAAACGGAAUUUAUUUAAAAAUCACUAAAAUUACAAAUAAAUAAAAUGACGUUGUUUUCUAAAUUCAUAUGAAAAAUUAACUCCGAUUACUGUUCAAAUGUGAAUUCGUUCAAAUUAAAAAAAAUAAUAAAAAUUGCAAACAUUCACUUAAACAAAAAAAAACUAAAUCGUUUAUGCAACAUAAAUAUUGGUGAUUUUUAAAACAGCGUUAAGCAAUAAUUUGAAUUAAUCGCUCUAUGAUUAAUGUAUUUUUUACGAUACAUUGUUGCUAUUACAAACCCACGAACUACUGCAAUAAAAGGAACAAAAAAUUAAUUGGAUACAUCCUCCGGUUCAACGGUAUGAAAAUCAAAUUGAUCUAAAUCAGAAAAGCACAAAUUUGAUGCUACUUCCAAAGGUGAUGGUUGCAAGGAUGAUUCCAUUUGACCUCGACGUUUACGGCGUUCCAUAUACAUUUCCAUGAGCAUUACGAAAAGAGCCAAGACUACGCCCAUGAAAAGAGACAAUAAAGCUGGACUAAAUUCUUUUAAUGCAACUGGAACUGGUUUUGCGCUGUGACUUUCAGGACAUUGAGGCCGUCCUGGUUGCCACACAUACCUCAAGUGUCCUGGCACACCGUGUUCAACAAUUUUCCUCAAUCUGUAAUAAAAAUAUAAUAUCUUCUACAAAUUA